AUGUUGCUGUGUGUCUGCAUGCUGCUGUUGGUGGCCUCAGAUCUGGGUUUUUGUAAUAAUGACACCUCUCUAGAUGAUCAGUGGGAACAGUGGAAAAUCAAACAUGGAAAACAAUAUUAUGAAGAGGAAUAUCGGAGAACCAUCUGGGAGGAGAACAAAUUAAAGAUUGAAGCCCACAACAAGGAGGCAGAACAGGGAAAACACUCCUACAGACUGGGGAUGAACUCCCUCGGAGACAUGACCUCCAAGGAAAUGGCUGAGAAGAUGACAAGCCUUGGAAAACAUCCAUCAAAUCAUGCAGAAUCCAAUGGUGGAAAAGGCCAAACCACUAGGUUUUAUUACAAGAAACUGGGGCCACCGCAGUGCAUGAAGGACUUCAGAGACAUGGCCACAGAAGAAAAGGUUGACAAUAUGAGUUGUCCUUUGAAGCCGCCAAAGAGUAUUGACUACCGCAAGAGAAGCAUGAUGACUCGAGUCAAGGACCAGGAAAUCUGUGGCUCCUGUUGGGCAUUCAGUGCUGCAGGGGCCCUCGAGGGCCAGUUAGCCAAGAAGACAGGCCAGCCGCUGGACCUCAGUACCUACCCGUAUACUGGAAAGAAGCAACGGUGCCACCACAAACGAUCAGCCAAUGCAGCCCAGAGCAAAGUCUUUAAAAAGGUUCCACAAGAGGAUGAAUAUGCACUGGCUAAAGCUCUGCAUGAAGUGGGUCCUGUGUCUGUGGCCAUCCACGCCAGCAACCUGGAAUUCAUGCUCUACAAGAAUGGUGUUUACUUCAACCCUGAGUGUGACAAAGACAACGUUGACCACGCCAUGCUGUUAGUGGGCUACGGAGAGACUGCAGAGGGUCAGAAAUACUGGAUUGUCGAGAACAGCUUUGGGGAGUCCUGGGGGGAAGAGGGCUACCUUCGGAUCGCACGUGACUGUGGUAACCACUGUGGCAUCGCCAGUGACGCCAGCUAUCCGCUCAUGAGAGAGGAAAUAUGA